AUGGCGAGCAUUCAUCAUUUAGAGGACAUGGCUGCAUCAGCGGCUGCUGCUGCAGCAGCAGCUGGCGAGAAACGCAAGUAUCCUGAUCAUGGUGUUGCUGGUGAGAGCGCCUCCCUCGGUGCGCUGCAUCAGUCCAUCCAGUACAGCCGCAGCGUCACCGAUGCUCUCCAGGCGAUGCUGGAUGAGCUCGAGGAGCGUGAAAGAGCCAUGGGCGGGUCUGCAGUGCCAAACAAGCCAAAGGUAACUUGGAAGCGCACGAGAAGCAAAAAGGCGCCGGCGGCCCAUGCAUUCGUCGCGCGCGUGUUUGUGGGAUCUGACCUGACGUGUGCUGCAGGAUGAGUUGAUGAAGGAGGUGUUGGAGUUGAAUGUCAGCGGCGAGCACGUGCGGGUCCAGCGGUCGACUCUGUGUGCGGUCGUGGACUCUGUGCUGGCCACCCUCUUCUGUGGCAAGUUCGACGCCGCCUUCAUCCGUGACGAUAGCAAUCGCAUCUUCUUGAACAUCUUUCCUCCUGCAUUUCAGUGGUCAGGAAGGCACGGAAGACGGAUUCAUUCAUCAUAGCAUCCCGCCUACAAGUGUGUGUGUGUGUGUGUGUGUGUGCGUGUGGUUGUUGGUGCGAGAGAGCAGGUGUGUGAUGCACUUGAUUAUGUAUGAGGACGAGCGGAUCAGCAACAUGUCCAUCCCGCCGUCCAAGCAACACGACACGCCGUUCACGUGAGCACAAGGGCAAACACACACACACGAUGGCCAAAGCAGAUGAGGUGUCUGUGUCUGUUGUGUGUCGUCAGGUAUUGGGUUGAGUUGCUGCUGUGGGAUCCGGCCUACAAGCGCCGACCGCGCGGCGACCCCGUCCUCCCCGCUGCCGACCCAGCCACCGACCAGCAGGAGGACAGCGAGCAGCCUACGCCGGCACCGCUAAGGCUGAAUGCCGAGCUGCACACACUCAUGAAGAAGGCGGUGCAGGAGAAGGCCGCACAUGAGCAGCGGCUCGACGCCAUCAAACCACUGCUCAAGGCGGACAGUGUGGAGGACGAUACGGUGAGGCGAACACGAAACAGCAGAGGGAAGACUGUCAGUCCAGUCAGAGGGGAAGGGGAUGCAGUAAGUGAAGUGCAUCUGGUGGUUGUGUUUGCCCUCUUCAGUUGGUGUCCGCGAGUGUGUCGGGAUCCACGGUGACGGUGACGACAGGCGUAGCGAAGUCGCUGGGCGACGACUCCACUUUCGCCAACAGAUUCCUCAAGUUCGCCUGCACACAGCUGGACACAUGACGUGCCGUGCACCCAGUCCACAAGUGAGUUGUCUGGUAUCUCCUGUUGUCUCAGGUAUGGCCCUACCGUUCGUGCGCCCAUCGAGCAUGUCCGGCGCAUUGUCGACGUCGUCGCCCGUGCCCACAUGAAGAAGGGGGCGGCCAUCACAGCGGCUGACGUUCAGGGGGCGAUGGGGGAGCUAGACAUAGAGGGAUACCGACACGCACUCACCAUGUAAGAGCGGCGAGAACACACAGAGCUGUUCACCACACAGUGCCCCGACGGCUGCUCUCUGUCUGUGUGUUGGUUUGUGUCAGGUACGGUUUGGAUAGCGAUCGCUAUUUGGGGCCCGCGGACGGGCUGCUGACCACCGACCACCUGCACAAGAUGCGCCAGUGGUGUGAGGGUCGGCGAAACGUCCCGGCACACAUUCCGUCGUGUGUGGGCGAGCCGGUCAUCCGCAUAUACAAGUGAGAAGGGCAGCUAGACAGCCGUGAGCAUGACGGCACUCUCUUACCAUCCCUCUGUGUCUUGAUGUGUGUGUGUGUGUCAUGGCAGGGCGACUAAGGAUGGUUGGAAGUGGCUGGAUUUCUUCGAUGCCGUCAAGGGCCACUCCCCCCUGCUGCUCAUCUCCAAGGUGGCCGACAGCAAUGAGCUCUUCGCCCUCAUCAUCGAGGGGCCCAUCGAGGUCACCGAGACGGCCAUGAGCCACCUCGACACGAGAUCACACUCCUUCAAGCUGCGUGGGACAGACAGCCACCCACACGUGGGCCACAUCGGCUGGGGCAGCAAGAUGUUAAUGGCGGGCACACAGGUAGGUACUCAUUUCAAUGAGCCAGGCAGUCAUGGUAAUGGUCUCCUGUUCAUCCAUGUGUGCAGGAGAGAGUCACCAACCUCAUCGAUUUCUCUUCACCCGCCUCCAAUAUGACGGCCGUCCUCGCCGCAUCAUGCCUCGACUUUGCUGUCCGUCCGGCCGCCCAAGCGAUCGGCGCAGCAGCAGCGGCCAGCGACGAGACGAUGAGGCGCUGCCAGGGAGUCAUGAUUGAGGAGGGGCAGACGGACGAGUGGCAGCAGUGGCAGCGGCCGAGCGCCAGGCCGAGCGACUAUGGCGGUGUCGAUGGCCGAGCGUCCCUGCCUGUCUCAGUGAAGGGAUGGCACUUCGAGAUCGGUGAGCUGGAGGCGUAUCAGCUGGCGUGAGUGAGGGAGGGAGGGAGGGAGGGAGUGCUGUAGACGGGUUCGUGAUUCAUGUGUUUGAUCGAGACGAACAAUAUCAUGAGUGUGCCUCAUAUCUAACUGUACAGAUGACUCUGUCGGUCUGUCUCUCACUCUUCCCUCUUCCCUCUUUGUGUGUGGCUGAUCCGGUUGCAGCAGUGGCUGGUUUUAAGUGAUUGAUACAAA